UUCCGUUUCCUGGUUUGUUGAACGAACGGCGUAAAUAUUAUCCUCAAGGCGACUCAUCAUGUGAGAACAGUCGUCAUAUAGCUCUCUAUAAAAACUUGUUGUGGAUUAGAUUUUGCUCACGGCAGCAAUGGCGCUCUCUAAUCUUGCUGCGGUCGCCUUGCUGUCGGUGGUUGGCCUGUGUAGAUGCGACUACAAACCUACCUGGGAAUCAAUCGACUCUCGACCAUUACCAGAAUGGUAUGACCAGGCGAAGUUCGGAAUCUUCAUACACUGGGGUGUAUUUUCGGUUCCCAGCUUCGGUAGUGAGUGGUUCUGGUAUUAUUUACAGAAACAGAAACUGCAGCCUUAUGUAGACUUCAUGAAGAACAAUUAUCCUCCAGACUUCCAGUACCAAGACUUUGCCCCCCAGUUCACCGCCGAGUUCUUCGAUCCCAAAGAGUGGACUGAUAUAUUUGCCUCUUCAGGGGCCAAAUACAUUGUCCUCACCACUAAACACCACGAAGGUUUCACACUAUGGGGCUCCAAGUACUCGUGGAACUGGAAUGCCAUGGACGUGGGCCCCAAGCGGGACUUGGUGGGGGACAUGGCAGUUGCUCUCCGGGCCAACAGUGACCUGCGCCUGGGGCUGUACCACUCUUUGUUUGAGUGGUUCAACCCACUGUGGCAGCAGGAUGCCGCUAACGUGUUCUCCACAAAUGUCUUCCCCACUUCCAAAACCCUGCCUGAGCUCUAUGAGAUAGUGACCAAGUACAAGCCUGAGUUGCUAUGGUCUGAUGGGGACGGAAACGCACCUGAUAAGUACUGGAACAGCACUGGGUUCCUCGCCUGGCUGUACAACGAAAGCCCAGUGAAGGAGACGGUGGUGACCAACGACCGCUGGGGCUACGGCUCCAUCUGCAAGCACGGCGGCUACUACACCUGCGCUGACCGCUACCAGCCGGGCCACCUACUCAAACACAAGUGGGAGAACUGCAUGACCAUAGACAGCAAGUCCUGGGGCUACAGGCGAAACGCCCCUCUCCAAGAUUACCUCAAGAUUGAGCAACUUGUGCAAACCCUGGUGGAGACUGUUUCAUGUGGAGGGAACCUGCUGAUGAACGUGGGACCCACUCACGACGGUAGGAUUGCCCCGAUCUAUGAGGAGCGGCUCCGGCAGAUGGGCCAGUGGCUGAAGGUCAACGGGGAGGCCAUUUACAACACCUCAGCUUGGAGGGCCCAGAAGGACAACACUACUGCCGGAGUUUGGUACACAAGUAAACCACAGGAGAAGGCCAUCUAUGCCAUAUUUUUCGAGUGGCCCGUUGAUGGAAAGUUGUUUCUGCAAGAGCCUGUUGUGACAGGGCAGACUGAGGUGGUGCUUCUUGGUCAAAAGCCAUUAAAAUGGGAGCCUUCAAAGCCUAGUGGGAUGACUGUGUUCCUGCCCCAGCUGUCCUACAGUGAGAUGCCAUGCCAGUGGGCCUGGACACUGAGACUGACAGCUGCCAUGUAGAGGAGGAAGAGGUGGGACUGGAGGAGGAGGAGGAGGGGAUAGCAGGAGAAAACAAGGGAAGUCCAGUUUGCUGUCAGGUUAGAGGCAAUGCAAAUCAUCCCAAAAAUUCUUUGGGACAUUGCCUGUACUGCCUGAACUAAUCCUUAAAUAAAAUGAAGUUUUAAUGUGAAUUCAGUGCCAACUGACUGCAUUCUGGAACUCAGAAUGCAUUCUAUACUCAGGUAUAGAGAUCAAUUAUUACUUUCCUUUAACAAAUCAAAUCUUUACUCUAGAAUUUAUCAGUGGGUUUUAAAUCUUUGUUAUAGAAAAUUGCACUUUUUCUACGAUUGAUUUUACAUUUUGUAUGAGGGGAGUAUAAAUAUUUCAUGUUUAAAUGUGUGCUUUAUAUUCUGUGUAUAAAAUUGUUCAAACUACAUUAUACAUUAGCCUUAAAAGGGAUAUUAUAUGCAAAGAUUAUUUAACUUUAAUAAAAAUAAUGAUAUUAAUAAGGCAAACACUACUACAGAUAAUCUUGUUAUUCAUUUUAUUUUUCAAAUUCAACUUUGCACAGCAGUCAGGGUCCUAUAAGGCCAUAAUCCCACUGCAGUUGUCUGCUAUAAAAGAAUAAACAAAAAAUGUAACAUAAAUCACAGCAGCAGACUGUGGCAACUGAACAAAGUCCUUCAGAACAGACACAGUCCGAUGAAAGGGUAAAGAUCCUCCCAGAAUGGGCAGGUCAGACCCUGACGACAGUUUUCAGCUUAGGGAACAGGCGGAGGGCGUUCUGGGUCGUCACUUCCAACACCGUCUCCAAGGGGACUCCCUUGAUCUUGCUGAUGUAUUCGGCACAAACAGAAAUAUUUUUGGGCUCAUUUCGGACCUGUGUAUGAAAUAUGAAAAAAUGUAAUCUUACAUCUUUUUACAUCUUGAAUUUAUCAGUGGGUUUUAAAUCUUUGUUAUAGAAAAUUGCACUUUUUCUACGAUUGAUUUUACAUUUUGUAUGAGGGGAGUAUAAAUAUUUCAUCCAUUCCACUGUGACUUGAAAAUUCAAUAAACAUUAUUUCUUAUAA